CGUCCGCUAGCGUUGACAGAAGCUUCUAGCUACAUGCUAAGACAUGAAACCGAACCCACCGCGGAUGAAAGGAGUCAACCGGAAACGAAAACUAACGAAUUGACAGAAUAAAUUAACGCAGGGCAGUUUGGUUAAUUAGUAAACCAGUCGAUGUGAAAGACUUUUAUUGACGCAGAGUUUACGUGCGGCGACACCGAGAAGGUGCCUUUUUGGGCAGGCCUACGUCAUGUAAACAACAAAAACACCUGAGCCUCCUUCACUGCAGCUCUACGUCAAUGUGGGUUACCUGCAAGCAGACCCUCGUCAAAUCUGGAAAUGUUGAAUACCAACUUCCGGAGGGCAUGCAUUGUGCAGGAAUGGAGACCACGCACACGGCGACUAUAGGAGACUCUGCGGUUAUUUGAGCCGUCGACAACUGGAACGUUUAAGUCAGUAACUGCGGCCGUGGAGACCCGGUGGUGAGACUCACGCCGCAUCAGCGAUGGCACACUUUGACACGGAGUACCAGCGGCUGGAGGCGUCGUACAGCGACUCUCCCCCCGGGGAGGAGAAUCCCCUGAUGCACGUUCCAGAGGGAGCUAAAUCUCAGUGGCACCAUAUCGAAAACCUGGACCUGUUUUUUCAAAGAAUUUAUAACCUGCAUCAGAAGAACGGAUUCACUUGUAUGCUGCUGGGAGAGAUCUUCGAGCUUGUCCAGUUGCUGUUUGUGGUGGGCUUCACUGUCUUCCUGGCCAACUGCGUGGACUACGACAUCCUCUUCGCCAACAAGUUUGUGAAUCACACGGAUUCGUCGAAAGUCACGUUGCCCGACGCUUUUGUACCGGUGGACGUCUGCAGUGCACGAAUCCGAGACAAUGCGUUCGUCAUCUUUGUGUUGAUGAUCUCCGGGGUGUUUUGGCUACACCGGCUGGUGAAGUUCAUCUACAAUGUCUGCUGCUUCUGGGAGAUCCGAUCUUUCUACAUCAACGCCCUCAAAAUGACAAUGUCGGAGCUGCCUUACGUAACGUGGCAGGAGGUCCAGGCCAGGAUAGUGGAGAUCCAGAAGGAACACCAGAUCUGCAUCCAUAAAAAAGAGUUGACAGAGCUGGACAUUUACCACCGCAUUCUCCGCUUUAAAAAUUACAUGGUUGCCAUGGUGAAUAAAUCGCUCCUUCCCGUCCGCUUUCAACUUCCUGUACUCGGAGACAGUGUGUUCUUCACCCGGGGCCUCAAGUAUAACUUCGAGCUCAUCUUCUUUUGGGGACCAGGUUCUCUGUUUGAGAACGAGUGGAGCCUAAAGUCAGAGUAUAAAAGAGGAGGAAACCGCCUAGAGCUGGCCGACAGACUGGCGUCACGCAUCCUGUGGAUUGGUGUGGCCAACCUCCUCUUGUGUCCCGUCAUCCUGGUGUGGCAGAUCCUCUAUGCUUUCUUCAGCUACACGGAGGUGAUCAAGCGAGAGCCUGGUUCUCUCGGGGCCAGAUGCUGGUCUUUGUACGGCCGAUGCUACCUGCGCCACUUUAAUGAGCUGGACCACGAGCUCAUGUCUCGGCUGAGCAAAGGAUACAAGGCGGCCUCCAAGUACAUGAACUGCUUCCUCUCUCCUCUGCUAACUGUGGUGGCCAAGAAUGUCGCCUUUUUCGCCGGGUCCCUUCUGGCGGUCCUGAUCACGUUGACCAUCUACGACGAGGACGUGCUCGCGGUCGAACAUGUCCUCUCCUCAAUUACGCUGCUGGGAGUGUGUAUCACCGUCUGCAGGUCAUUUAUUCCGGAUAAACACAUGGUGUUUUGUCCAGAGCAGCUGUUGCGCAUCAUCCUGGCUCAUAUACACUACAUGCCUGACCACUGGCAGGGCAAUGCCCACCGAUACGAGACCCGGGACCAGUUCUCCCAGCUCUUCCAGUACAAAGCAGUGUUCAUACUGGAGGAGCUUUUGAGUCCGGUUGUAACGCCCAUCAUCCUCAUCUUUUUUUUGAGGAGGAAGUCACUCGAGAUCAUAGAUUUUUUUAGGAACUUCACCGUAGAGGUGGUGGGAGUGGGAGACACAUGUUCUUUUGCCCAGAUGGACAUCAGGCAACAUGGCCAUCCUGCGUGGAUGUCAGCGGGGAAGACGGAGGCAUCCAUUUACCAACAGGCGGAAGACGGCAAGACAGAGUUGUCUCUAAUGCACUUUGCCAUCACUAACCCCCAAUGGCAGCCUCCCAGAGAGACCACGCACUUCAUCAGCCUGCUGAAGGAAAGAGUUCAGCGAGAGGCCACCACGGCUCCUUCAGACUCUCAUCAUGUCUCUUUCUACGAAUCUGAACCGAGGAGUCUGGUUGCGAAUCCGUCCACCUUGGCUUCCGUUCAUUUUGGCGGGGACAGUUUAUUGGGCAGUCCUGCAGCAGCAGCAUUAGCCGGCACUGAUGGGGCGUCUGCCUUGCGUUCUCUUUCCCCCGUCAGCAGUAGUUUUCACCUCAGGGGCAGCAUGAGUGCAGCAUACAGGACCCCUGGACACACCUCCGCCAUGAGCAGGACAAUGGCGGGCUCCGGGACGGACGCUCGAACGCUGAGUUCAGGCAGCAGUGCGUGGGAGGGUCAGCUCACCAGUUUGGUCCUAUCCGAGUACGCCUCCACGGAUAUGAGCAUGCAUGCACUUUACAUACACGAGCUGCACAAGCAGCUGUCGCGCGGCGAGCUCUCUCGUCACGCAUGGCAUAGGCAGGAGAGCGACGAGAGCAGCGACAGCGUCCCGGACGAGGUCAAGAGCGUGCCAGGCUCACGCUACAAAAACUUCCCUCGCUCGCACACCUUCCCCACAUCAGUACCCAGUCCCACUACAGGCAUCCCUUCUUCAGUCUCUGACGGCAGUGCCUCCGCGGGUCAGGAGGGGGCUUCAUCCCAACAGAGCAACCAGCGCCGAUACAGCGAUACCUUAGGGGGAAAGGCGGUGACGAGGUCAGCCCGUGUGCCGAUGGGCGGGUGGGCUGAGGAGUAUCAAUCGGCAGCCCCGCGUCGCCACGAGUCGCUACCGGAGGAGAGCUCUGAGGAUGAGUUGCCGCCGCACAUACACAAGGUUUGUUAGCCAAGCCUUGGAAAGCUUCGUCAUUCUUAUCUGGAUCGUUCUCCUGGGUUCUGAUACAAAGAAGAUUUACGUCUACAAUUAAGUAAACAAAAUCUUGCAUUUAAGUUAUUGCGUGGGACUUUCAAGUUGAAAAUUUUCUCUAUAAAAGUUUUUGUUGCCCCGUAUGUGGAAAGAUAUCACACAAAUAUAAUGUGCUGGGGUCUUCAGCUUGCAGGUCUGUGUAUAAAUUGAACAGAAAUCAAGUAGUAUUAGAAAUCUAUUGUGUCUGUAAAAAAAAAACAUGUUUUGUUUUUUUUGCAGCUGUAAUCCUAAACAAACGCGUCCAGCACAGGUGCAUGACUAUCACACAUUUUUCUAACAAACUAGAGGUGUAUAAUUCACUAGCGCUACACAGACCAUGGCGUCAUAACAAUAGCAUAGCAGCAUUACUUGUUGGUUUUUUUACGUUUGUCAAGAGGGGAAAAAAAAACAAUGAUGCACUUUAAUGACUUACUGCAGAGGCUGUAAUUUAAGCUUAGAUGUAUUGCAUGUGUUUUAUGCUGAUUUCAGAUGAAAUCAUUUGAAAAGGGAUGUGUGCCAUAAUGUUCAUGAAUGACAUGUUUACAGUUUGACUAUCUGGCGGGUCACGGCAGGGUGUAGUGGUGAAGCGUUAGCGUGCGAUUUGUGUUCAUAGUUUGUGUAAAAUACCAUUUUGUACAGAUGUUAAUUAAAUAGGAGGAAACAUAA